AUGCCAACCAUACGACUUCUUCUCACUCUCGCACUCAACCGCCAAUGGCAACUUCUUCAACUGGAUGUCUCGAACGCGUUUCUUCACGGAGACCUCCUAGAUGAUAUCUACAUGCGUCAACCUCCUGGUUUCCAAAACCCGCAGCAUCCAGACUUCGUCUGUAGACUACGCAAAUCGCUUUACGGCUUAAAACAAGCGCCGAGACAAUGGUUCCUAAAGCUCACUGGUUUUCUUCAAGAUCAAGGAUUUCGGUUUAGUCAUUCCGAUCCUUCUCUACUUAUUCUUAACAAAGACAACAUUCACAUUUACAUUCUAAUAUAUGUUGAUGGCUUUCUUGUCACAGGAAACAACGAACCAGCUAUCACCCGUCUCCUCAAACAGCUUCGCUCCCAAUUUGCGCUAAAACAGCUUGGCGAUAUCUCAUUGUUUCUUGGGAUCCAGGUUCUCCGAACCUCUAACGGUUAUUUUUUAAAUCAAACUCAUUAUGCUUCCAAACUUCUAAAUGAUGCAGGUUAUACGGAUUGCAAACCCGCCCCCACCCCGACAUCUUCUCCGUCCAAGCAGAAAACAGCCGACCGGACUCCAUUUUCGGAUCCCACCGUGUAUCGACGGCUCGCAGGAUCAAUGCAAUAUCUCACAAUCACGCGGCCCGACCUUGCUUUCGCCACUAACAUAGUCUGUCAACAUAUGCAAGAUCCUUCCAACCAGGAUUUCAAAGCUCUUAAAAGACUUCUCCGAUACAUCAAGGGAACUCUCUCUUACGGGCUCCCUAUUACAACCGAAAAUCUGGAACUUCACUCUUAUACGGACGCUGACUGGGCCACUGAUGCUAGCGACCGGAAAUCAAUCUCCGGUUUUUGCACAUUCAUCGGUCCAAAUCUCAUCUCAUGGACUGUCAAAAAGCAGGUCACCGUCGCCAAAUCCUCAACUGAAGCCGAAUACAGAUCGCUCUCCGCAGCCACUUCAGAGGUCAUUUGGCUCCGCCGCCUAGCUGCCGAGCUAAAUCUACCGCAGGAAAAACCUACCAUCAUUCAUUGCGACAACACCUCUGCUAUGGCCAUUGCGAAGAACCCGGUCUUCCACGCACGAACGAAACAUAUCGAGAUUGACUAUCACUUCAUCCGUGAACACAUCGGCUCAGGCGCAAUCCAACUCACUCAUCUGUCAUCCAAAGAACAAAUUGCGGACAUACUUACCAAGCAUUUGUCACCGCCACGGUUCAACGAAUUACGCAGCAAAUUAACCAUUCGAUCCUCGAAUGCUUAA